AUGGGUCCAGAGAGUAUCCAGAUUAGCAUUAGAAGCAUUCAGAAGAUGAACAACUUAAGCAAUAUUUAGAAAUGCAAGUAGCACAUUCCAUUUAUUAGUUUUAAUAUGUUCUACUAGGGCAAGAUAAAACACAAUCCUAACUAUCCUGAUCAAAAUAAUAUGGAUAUUUGCAUCCAAGACAUUGAAAUAUUUUAUCACUUGAGCAAUUCUAACAAAUUUAAUCACAUUAGCUAUUAAUAGGACCAUCUUAACUAGCACAUGGGAUAAUCUUAGUGA